UAAAAAUUAAUUUUGAAGGGAAUUGAUGAGGGAAAAGCUUGCCUUUAAUUAAAUAUUUAUCAUGUGUUAAGAAACAAAUCAGUAAACCUGACCAAGAGCUAAUGUCGUCAGAAACGCCAAGAGAAAGUCCAGAGGUGCCAAAGGAAAAUACCAUGUCCCCCGAAGUUUCUGAUGUGGAAGGAAAGGUGAAGUCAAGUGACGAUCCAGCAGAGAGACGGGAGGCAGGUUCAGACAAGGAAGAAUGCCAUGAGCCCAUGUCCAAGAGGCAAAGGAAGAAGCUAUUGAAGCAGAAACAGUGGGAAGAACAGAAAGAUUUACGGAGGCAGAAACGAAAAGAAAAACGCCAGAAGAGAAAACUAGAACGUCAGUCAAAAUUGGACUCCAGCAGCGAAGGGAAUGACAGAAAGCGUAUGAGAAAGGAAGUAGUUCCUAGUACACUUCGUCUCAUUGUGGACUGCAGCUUUGAUGAAUUGAUGGUGCUAAAGGAUGUGAAGAAGCUUCACAAGCAAAUUCAGAGAUGUUAUGCAGAAAACCGCAAAGCAUUUCAUCCUGUGCAGUUUUACUUGACCAGCCAUGGGGGACAGUUGAAGAGCAACAUGAAUGAAAAUGACAAAGGAUGGGUGAACUGGAAGGAUAUCCAAAUUAGAACAGAGCACUAUAGUGAGCUAAUGAAGAAAGAAGACCUAGUAUAUCUUACCUCCGAUUCCCCGGACGUUCUCAGUGAGCUUGAUGAGAAGAAAGCCUAUGUGAUUGGAGGGCUGGUGGAUCACAAUCACCACAAGUGUUUGAGAUCAUCCUUGCAUACCUGGAGAAGAGAGACUGGAAGGAGGCCUUUUUCAGUGUCUUGCCACAGCGGAAAGGGGCUGUUCCUUUGGGAGAAGCCAAUGAUUCAUCCAAACACACCCCGUCUGGAAAAGAAGACGAAGACAAUGACUCGGACAGCAACUAGGCUUCAGAAUGAGAUGUUGGGAAAGAUGAGACAUGCAGUUCAUGGGAUAAAACUGGGAUGUGAAGUAGUUAGACUCCAAAGACCACCUACUGCCCUUGUCACACUGAAUUGUCUCAAUGCACGGUAGUUCCGUAGCUGGCCCAGAGCUGUUUCUGGACAUGAAGGGUUUUUUUAAAAGCAGUGAAUGACAAGUGUUCCUGUGACCUCAAAACCUGUACCACUAGUGCCUGUUGCAAAGUGUGCAUGAACACUCAAAACAAAAAUUCUAAUUUCCCUGAGCAUCUCAACAGAUAAUCACAAGCAACUGAACCGCCCUUAUCAGCUGAGCCGCACUGAUUUAUAUGCUGUGUUUUGUUAGCUGGGAUCAGUAGAUGAAAUACGAGUGUUGGGUUAAGCCACUGCUUUAUACUUCAGUUUGAGUGAGAUGGAUGUCUGCACAAGUGCAAAUUGUGCGCCUUGGUUGGUACGUGGUGCAUGCUGAGUUGAGGUGACACAAUCACUUUUGAUUACUUCUUGAUCACACAGUCUCAGAACAAUACCGAGAGACGGGAACUCUUUCUUACAAGUCGCUCAGUUUCAGUAUACCUGUUAUAUCAUGUCAUCCUGUAUGUCUUGUAUUGUCUGUCAAAUGUUUUUCCUUUAAAAAAGUCAUAGUCUCAGUCUUGGCUGGAAGUUCUGAUUCAACUUAUUUCUAACUGACUGAAGUGCUUUUGCAGAGUACUGAAGGGAAACCUUGGCAGUGUGGCUUUGCUUCACCCCUGUGAGCCUGCCCCAUCCGGACUAGCCAGGUAGCUGCAGCUGCCGAACCAGUGCAGUUUUCACAUAGGUCAGUUGAAGAGCAUAAGAACACAUCAUUGUAACUGUUCAUCUUAGAGCUGGAAUCAGAGGCCUAAUCCAAGUAUGACUUGGCUUGUAUCCAUUUGUAUUCCUCCCUCUCUUAUUACUGCUUUCAAAUGGCGUCUAGUCCCUAUGGUCUGUAAAGGGUUGGCAACCAACUGCUUAUGGCUUUAUACGCUCAGUGCACUCUCUCUACUUUUCAAAUAACCAUAGAAAAGCUGCUUCUGUUAAAAGGAUGGACUGUGGUUUGUUGCUCAAGUAAUGUGGGGAGUUUUAUUAGGCUUUACAAAAAUGUGAUUGCUUUUGUUCCAGAAACUAGAUCAGAUUUUUCAUAAAAGCAUUGGUGUUUUUAUUUCCCUAACAAAAAGUGCAGCAUAAGUAUACCCAUCAUGUAUUACAAUGAUUCUCUGAUAUAAAUGUGUAAAGCAGUAAAAUUACAAGGAGUUACACUUUUACAGCUGAAGUUAUGCGUGUUAAUGCACAUAGCACCUAUUAAACCUGAUCUAAGACUA